GCGACCGUAUUUCCGUGUAACACCGGAAGUGGAAGGAAUGUCAUUCUACUACAGGACAAACACGAGACUGUCAUGUCUGGUACAAUGAUGCGAUCGGGCUAAAUGAUCGAGCUGUAGUUGUGUUGUAUGAUAAUUGUAAAUAAUAAAGAUGACAGCACUGACGUGUAGGUUCAUUAAACUUGCUGAUAGUUUGCUUAGAAGAGCGCCAGUAACCGUUUCCCGAGCUGGAGCAGCGCUGCAGAGCAGAGCUCCUAUCAUUCAGGGUAUAAGAACGCAUCGGACAAACACAUGGUGGGAUGAGCACCUCACUGAAGAUAAUGCUUCCUUUCUGAAGAAGGUCAUUACAGAGGAAUAUAAACAACAGACCACUGACAAACUCAGCCCCCUCAAGGAUGAGCCCUGGCCCAGACAUGAGUGGGUGGAAGGGAGUCGGAGAGUCGGUCUUGUGGCUGUUAAACUCGGAAUGAUGCCUGUGUGGACCAAAUCUGGAGAGAGACACGUAGUGACCAUGCUGCAGGUGCAGGACUGUCAUGUCGUGAAACAUCUCUCCAAGGAAGAGUAUGAUGGGCACACAGCGGCUCUGAUUGUGGGUGGAAAAAACGUCUCUCCGUUUCAUAGGCCAGAGGGAUAUUUAGAGGUUUUCCGGAAUGCAGGAGUUCCUCCCAAACAGAAACUCACCACGUUUUGUGUGUCAGACAACGCUAUCAUCAAACCAGGCACUCCUCUCUAUGCAGCUCAUUUCCGUCCAGGACAAUAUGUGGAUGUCACAGCGAAAACGUGAGUCAAGUACAUGUUUUAAAGUGAAAAUAUUAAAAAUGAUUUUAAAUUAAUCAAAAUAAAUAUAAAAAAAAUAUUACUGUACUUUUCUCCAUGUUAAAUUCGUAUAUUCCAGUUUAAUAAGCAAAGACUACUAUAAAAAUUAAUAACCCAUUUGUAGAUUCAUUCCCAUUUUAAACACAGUGUUUCAAAAUAUUGCUCCUUGUUUAACCAGCCUGACAUAGCAACACUGGCUCAAACAUUGGGUCUGGAUUCUCUGUCUGACCAGUGGAAGACAGGGAAUGUAUGAUUCUAUCCUUAUCUUUUGAAUUUCCAUUUAGUUAUACUAUCCGUGCAUGAAGUUUCACGAUGAUCUUAUGAGUAGGGUUCCAUUGUUUAAUCAACACUAGAUAUUUUUCUUUUCCCUCAUUCUUAGAUUAAUUUUUAAAGAUAUUCUGCAAAACUCUUUUUACUUUCUGACAUAAAUGGGAUGAAGGGAGAUGCAUAUUUCUUAUGCUGACAAAAAGCUUGAUUGACUGAUAUUUUGGUCUGCAGAAGGCAUGCAUCCUACUGUCCCAAAUGGGAGUGCCUGAUUUCACUCUUUCCCUUUUACCUUUGUUGAAGGGCCUCAUCUCUUCACAAAAUAAUGAACGUGUGAAUCUAAGGGAGUGAGUCCUUUGAAUUUUCCUAUUAGAAUAAUAGAAAAGGAAUCAUAUUCUAAAAUACUUUGCAAUUGUGCAUUUUCAAUAAAUGUGCCACUAGUGUCACCAAAUGGAAUUGCAAAAGUAAUGAUUUUUUUCAAACAGGUUUCCUGAAUGCCUACAAUUGGUCAGGCACAUGGAUUGUUCCACUUCAAACUCAAACCGUUGGUUGAACCAGUGUCAAACAAACAGAGCAAUGAUUUGAUGGUGACACAGUAUUUUGGGUGAAUUUAAAAAUGACUAUUUGUCUCUGCAUAUUAAACUGGGAUUAGAGAAAGCAUUUAAAAAAAGGAAAGAAAUGAGACCCAUCACCUUUAAUGAAAAGAGCCUUGCUUCAUAGAACUUCAUAGAGUCGUAUCAGCCCUAUUUCACGCCCGAGAUCCUGCCUGUCUGCAGCUUCAUCCCACUCUUAUGUUGUUACACAGUGUAUGAUUACUAAAUGUUCUGUUUACAUCUUUACUGUAUUAAAACUGUUGAUCUUUUUAUUGAAGAUUGGCAAAGGUUUUCAGGGAGUGAUGAAGCGCUGGGGGUUCAAAGGUCAGCCAGCUUCUCAUGGACAAACUAAAACACACAGGAGGCCAGGCUCUCUGGGGCCCGGAGGGGACCCAGCAAAAGUUUUUAAAGGAAAAAAGAUGCCAGGCAGGAUGGGAAACAUUUACGACACCACUCAUGGCUUGAAGAUCUGGAGGGUGAACACCAAGUAUAACAUCCUCUACGUCAACGGUUCUGUCCCGGGUCACCGCAACUGUCUUGUUAAGGUCAGGGACUCGAUUCUGCCCACUCGGUUGGAGAACAACAAGAACCCGCCAUUCCCCACAUUCUUUGCUGAUGGAGACGAAGAGAUCCCUGAAGACCUCUACGAUCAGGACAUGUUCCAGUUUGGGGAGCCCAUGGCUGAAUGAGGUUGUGACCCCAUGAUUCUUGCUUACGCUGGCAAAAGACAUUGGGCUUGAUUUGACCCUUGAUCGGAGUCUUUCAUCUAGAGGAUUCAGCAUUGCUGCGCUGAAAGACUUAAAGAAGUGUCAAGUAAACCCAUAAAUGCUGGUUCAGGUGGAGCGUAAAGUCAUACUUCUGUAUUACAACUGAAUCAUUUUGAAGUGUCAAAAGCUUGUGUAUUUAAACAAUAAAACCUGUUUGAUAUCA